AUGCAGCACCUUCAUCUUCUCUGCCUCAGUAUCCUGGUGCUGGGACGCAUCCUGGAUGUGCACGGCGGGAACAAUGUCCUUGACUGCUGCCUGCGGACGAGCGAGACGCCCAUCCCACGGAGGAUAGUGCAGGAUUACCGGCUCCAGCUGGUCCAGGAUGGCUGCGACAUCCCGGCUAUCGUGUUCAUCACCACAAGGGGCAAGCGCCUCUGUGCUCCCCUCCAAGCCCCGUGGGUGGUUCGUCUCCAAGAGAAGCUGGAUGCCAACUAUGCCAGGAAGGCCAGAUCUGAGGGCAAGUAG